AUGGGGAAGGACUUUGGGUUGAUCAGUGAAUAUGAUUCUAUGAGGCUUAAGCUUCAGACUGCUGGGACAUUGUACACUGUGGACCCUUUGGGAAAAACGAAAGUUUUGAAGUACGAAGUUCAUGAAGGUUAUACUGCAAUAACCGAUGGAUGGACUGGCCUCUGUUCAUUCUACAAUUUCAAUUACAAUUGUUGGGUACUUUUUUGUCAAAUAAGAAAGUCCACUUUUAAUAUAUCUAUCUAUGAUGAAACUUUUGAUGAAAUUAAGUACCAUGGUUGGCCUGUUGUCACAAACCAUACAAAUCUUAAGUUUCUUCGUGCUUUAGUUCCUUUUACUAACAACAAAGACAUUCCUACUAUAACAAAAAUGGGUAGCGGUCGCCGAGUUGUUAUCACAUAUAAGAGAAAACUUUCUGAAAUCGUUGUUAGACUUUCGGCUUAUGAGGCUUCAGGAGUCCAACUAUUCCAUCCACCAUUGCUUCAUUCUUCUUGGAAUUUGGGCCAGCCCCGAUUAGACUGCGAACGAGAUGUUGUUGUAAAGGACACUACAGAUGGCUAUCAAGAAGACAUCCCAUACAGGGAACCUGUCGUGGAGGAUCAAUAUAACAAAAGGGACUCAGUUACUCUUAAAGACUUUGUUGCUUUUCGUAUUCAGGAUAGACGCAUUGAAUACGACAAUGUAAUUCGUGUUGGACGACUCUUUCAACAAUUUAUCGUUGAUGCAUAUACCAUGAUAGAAUCUCAACGGUUAAAUUGGGUGAGAUUUAAUCAAAAUAAGAUCAGAGCUGAGGUUUAUUCUGGAUUACAUGAUGCAGUAGCUAGGGGCGACACCGAUGCUACAACAACUGGAAAGCGCAUCAUAUUGCCAGCUUCAUAUAUGGGAAGCACACGAUACAUGUUCAAUAAUUGUCAAGACGCUAUGGCAAUAUGCAAGAGAUUUGGAUAUCCAGAUUUGUUCAUAACUAUGACAUGCAACGCCAAUUGGCAAGAAAUCAAGUCGUUUGUUGAGUCGAGAGGAUCUCGCCCAGAUGAGCGUCCAUAUAUUUUAGUUCGCAUUUUUAAGAUGAAGGUGAAUCAGCUGAUGAAAGAUUUCAAAAAUGGUCAUUUAUUUGGAAAAGUGGAUGCAGGUAUGUAUACAAUUGAAUUUCAGAAAAGAGGACUUCCUCACGCGCACAUACUGAUUUGGUUGCAAGGAGAAAAUGAGUUGAAAAUUGGGGACGACAUUGACAAAGUCAUCUCUGCCGAGCUUCCUGAUCCAGUGUUAUAUCCCAAAUUGCACACUGUAGUUUCUAACUUCAUGAUCCAUGGAUCGUGUGGUAGUACAAAUAAAAAAUCACCAUGCAUGGAGAAGUGUAGGUGCACUAAAUUCUUUCCAAAAAAAUUUCAAAACACCACAACGAUUGACGAAGAAGGCUAUCCGCAGUAUAAAAGAAGGCAAACAGGGAUUGUAAUCAAGAAAAAAGACAUUGAAAUAGAUAACAGGUAUGUUGUGCCUUACAAUCCCACGCUCCUUAUGAGGUAUCAAGCUCACAUAAAUGUGGAGUAUUGUAACAAGUCCAAUGCUAUAAAAUAUUUGUUCAAAUAUAUCAACAAAGGCGCAGACCGAGCAAUGCUUGAAAUUUCACAUAAGGACAACGAUACUCAAGCGAAAGAGCCAGUGGAUGAGGUAAAGCAAUAUUAUGAUUGUCGUUAUCUAUCUCCGUGUGAGGUAGCUUGGAGAACAUUUGGCUUUACCAUACACAAACGAUGGCCGUCUGUGCAAAAACUAAAUUUUCAUUUCCCAAAUGAAUAUUUGGUUUACUAUAAUGAUGACGAAGACGUUGGAGAUGUUCUAGAAAAUAGUGGUACAAAAUCCACAAUGUUUAUGGCUUGGUUUGCAGCUAAUGAAAAUUACCGAGAAAGGCAGGAUUUAACAUAUGCUGAAUUUUCCAGUAGAUUUGUUUAUCAUAAAAAAGAUAGAAUCUGGAAACCAAGAAAGAGGGGUUUUAAAAUUGGCAGACUACAGUAUAUCCCUCCUGACAUCGGCCUACGAAUCGCAGAUGUUGAUUUGAAAAAUUUAUGUGUCAUUGAAAUUGAGAAGUUGCUCCAAAGAAAUGGUAGGUCAUUAAAUGAUUACCCAUGUUUGCCAACUCCAGAAGAUGAUGAAGUCCUGCAAUUUGACAAUAGAUUUAUUGUUGAUGAAUUAAACUAUGACAAAGAUGCAUUAAAGGUACAAUAUGAAGAGUUGCUUAGUAUGCUUACACCUGAGCAAAAGUCUGUAUAUGAGAGGGUUGUCACAUCUGUGUUGUCAAACUCAGGAGGCUUCUACUUUUUAUAUGGAUAUGGUGGAACUGGAAAGACUUUUGUGUGGAACACUUUAUCGGCGUCACUUAGAUCCAAAUGA